AUGAGGUCAUCACUCCUCGGUCAUUUAUUGACUGCCGUCCUUUCGUUUCCUGCCGUUUUGCAGUGGAGCAGUUGCGACCCUGGCGGCGUGGCGUUCCACUUAAACACGGAGAGUCCAUUCGGUCCAGUGUACCAGCGGUACGACGUACCACCGCCACCUCUGAGUUCUGAUUACUUGAAACUGACUGCUGGCAAAAAGGGAACGCUUGGAAGCGUUCCUGAGUUCCUGUCCACGUCCAGCAGUACGGAAAGCAUCGAUGGCGUGCAACAGAAAAUUAGCUACCUCGAAUGCGAGUUAAAUGACGUAAAAGUCCAAACGUCAAAAUACCAGGAACUGCUGCAAAACUCUCAUAGCCAUUACGUUGAACUAGAACGGAAAUACGAGCAGGCGAGAAUGCUGAUCAAGGACUAUCAGGAAAGGGAAAAGAGUCUAGCGGAGAGGGAAGAAGCUCAUCUGAAGCAGCUUCUCGAAAAAGAUCACCAGCACAGCCUCUUAGUACAGCAGCUGAGCGCAAAGGUGUCACAGUUGGAGACGCAGCUGCGGUUGGCACAGCAGAAACGAGCGAGCAUGAUCGAAUCGGGAGCGACGAAAUCUGAGGACAUCUCACCGGCGCUUGCCUAUCAGCCGAUCAAGAAGCUAGCAUCGCCAUCGAAAACCAAGGCGAAAGACUUUGAAACAAAGUUGUACGAAAGAAUAGCACAAGCCAAAACAUGUUUCUCCAGCCAUGAAAAGGCUGUUGCGUCUUCUGACGUGCACAAAACUACGGUUGUGAUUGAACCUCGUUCUGGACCUUCUAACUUGUCCGGUUUUGGGGUACCGUCAACGGAGUUGCUCGACGUUAGUGCAGCCAAAAGCAAAGCAGAAACCGUUAGGCAUAGUCUGAUGAUGAGUUCUCGACAUCCGCCAUCGCGAUUUUACGACUCAGAAAUCCCUGUAUCUUGCCGUAAUGGGCCAGAGAAUGCGCUGGCUUCUCCUCGCAGUCCUGAUUCUGCCAGAAGCAAAGAUUCCGAUUGCGGUAGCCAAAAGGCGGUGAAAGGUUCUUCUAACGCGAAAGGUGAAAACGAAAUGCCUAAUUCGCCUUUAAAUGUGCAACGGUUAAAAAAUAUGAUAUUGCGGAAAAAGACGCAGAAUUCUGGUAUGUAA